AGUCGUAGUACCGGUGUGCACACGAUCGCACCGCGCCCCGAACAGUGCUCGUCCGGGCUCGGUCGUUGUGCCGAGAGUGUAUCGUCGCACGCGCACUCCUCCCUCACCAAUCGCGUCUGUAUGUGCGUUUCGCGUAGACGUCGACCGCGAUUGUACCCCGGGACCGACUUGGAUGCGAUUGUUACGAGUAGAAGCCGCAGCGGUCCGGGUUCGUCGUCGUCGCCGCCUGGUCGCGUGUGUUAAAUGACAUCGAACGUCGUCGUAACGGCCAGUGGACGCGAUGAAAACGUCACAGUCGACGGAAUUAUUGAAACCACCUGAUAUGAUAAUACGUUCUAUAUCAGCCGAUAACAUGUGCAACGUGAAAUUCAAUCCGAGAACGUUAAGAGAACAUGAUCACCACCGUUCCUCGGUGCCCAGCGAAGAGCCGGAAAACGGUGACUUGGCCCGGCGCCGACCGCUCUCCAAGUCCGACUUUGACCUCAGUUACCCUGAGGACUUGGACAACCUAUGCAAGAAGUUCGCGGCCGCGGAACGGCGACAUGUCACGAUGGACAGCUUGGGAUCGACGUCGUCGCCCAGCACCCCGGGCGCCGGUCAAGGAUGCUGUCCUUCCGCGAUCAACUCGUCUUCCUGCGCCUCCGUCACCGCCCAGUCCACCAUACAAAGUAUCAACGUGGUGCAAAAGACCCAUUCCUUCUUCAACUCCCUAAAGAAUCGGUGGUAUUCUAUCGAGGAAAAAUGGUCCAAGGGAAGAAGUAAAGCACGAGGCUCUGAUACUGAUGAAUCGCCUUCCGAAUCUCCUAUACUGGCAAGAUUAGUCCGUCCAGAUACAUUACAACAAACUAAAGCUUCAGACUCAAAAAAUACUCAAAGUUCAAUUACGAGUGAAUUUGGAAUAACUCAGAAUUGGUUUCAAAAAGUCGUCUCACGCGACCAUCAAAUUCGGCUCCGGAGACAAAAUUCAAUCAGAUCCGAACAACAAAUUGACAUGAGUACACCGGAAGGUGAAAAUCCGAUCCAUAAUGAAACUUUGCUCAGAAAAUACGAUUAUUUUCAGCUCAGAAUACAUCUGAAAAAGGGAAAAGAUCUCAUUGCUCGGGAUAAAAAUGGCCUCAGUGACCCUUAUGUUAAGUUUAAGAUUGGUGGAAGACAAAUUUACAAAUCAAAAACUGUUAAUAAAAGUCUGAAUCCAACCUGGGACGAAACGUUCACACACCUGUUGGACGAUCCUUUCGAACCGAUUCAAAUAAAGGUUUUCGAUUACGAUUGGGGCCUUCAAGAUGACUUCAUGGGAGCAGCGCAGGUUACUUUGACGACCCUAGAAUUGGGCAAACAACAUGAACUAUGUUUACAAUUACGAGACACACAAAAUGCUGAGUACUUAGGCGAGAUUUUUCUAGAUGUGACUUUAACUCCUCAAUCUCGAGAGGAGCGAGAACAAAGUCUGCAAAAAUCUGGAAAAGUGGCCGAAAUCGGAAGAAAAUAUAAAUGUCAAGUUUGGAGUUCCGUUGUUACCAUUGUAUUAAUAAAACUAAAAAAUUUAAAGCUGGCCGAAGGUUUGAGCGACCCUUACGUACGUUUUAGAUUGGGAGGUGAAAAAUUCAAAAGCAAAGGUAAUAAUCAAAUGCCCACUCCUACUUGGCUGGAACAGUUCGAUUUACAUCUGUUCGACGAUCAGACUCAAGAGCUGGAAAUCAACGUUUGCGUAAAAGAUCGUUCGCGCGAAGAAAUAGUAACCAGCACCGUCAUCGACCUGAGCAAGCUGGAGCGGGAACGCACGCACAAGAUCAAACACAAAAUGAGUUUCGACGGCGGCGGCGGCGGCGGCGGUGGAGCGGACGGCUGUAGUAGCGGAGGCAGCGGCGUGCUGUACCUGUUGCUGACGAUCAGCGGCACGUCGACAGUCGAGAUGGUCUCGGACUUGUCCAGCUUCGACGGCCGGGAAAUCACGGACAGCGAACACGUGCGGGACAAGUACUCGGUGCGGCGCACGUUUCGCGACCUGCGCGACGUCGGCAUGCUCUCGGUGCGCGUGUACAAGGCCCAUGGGCUCACGUCCGCCGACCUGUGCGGCAAGUCCGACCCGUUUUGCGUACUGGAACUGGUCAACGCCCGGUUGCAGACGCAUACGGAGUACAAGACCCUGUCGCCCACUUGGGACAAGAUGUUCGUGUUCAAUGUCAGAGAUGUCAAUUCCGUUCUAGAAGUUACCGUGUUCGACGAAGAUCCUGAUUACAAAGUAGAGUUCUUGGGCAAAGUUGCGAUACCGUUGCUUUCCAUUAAUAAUGGAGUGCAAAAAUGGUAUUCACUUAAGAAUAAAAAGUUGACGAGCCGAGCAAAAGGAAAUAAUCCGAGAAUCCUAUUAGAAAUGCGACUUGUUUGGAACCCGAUACGAGCAUUCAUCCGGACAUUAAAUCCAAAAGAGGAGAAAUACAUGCAUCAAGAAAUUAAAUUCAAAAGACAAACGCUGAUCAGAAACGUCAUGAGGCUCAAACAGCUCGUAUUGUGGGCAAUUGAUAUUGGAAAACAAUUCGAGUACUGGGUGGAAUGGGAAUCGCCGACGCACACCGUACUUGUGUUGAUCACGUUCGUGGUUACCUGCCAGUUUUUCGAACCGUACAUGGCUCCCGUGGCCCUGCUGCUAGUGUUCCUCAAAUACUACGUGGCGCACUCGUGGGAUGUGUCCAAGGUGAACGAGGACGAUGACGAGCAGACGACGGACGAGGACGAUCAGCAAGACGACCAGCAGGAUGACCAAGACGACGAAAAAUCCAAGGAAGAAAAGAAAUCUCUGAAGGAACGCGUAGCUGCCGUGCAAGAAGUUACGCAGUUGGUUCAAAACACGAUAGGGCAUAUAGCGUCGUUUGGAGAGAAAAUCAAAAACCUAUUAAACUUUUCCGUGCCGUUCUUAUCGUAUUUGGCUAUCGUGUUGCUGAUCGGCGUCACCAUAGUCCUAUACUAUAUUCCGAUUCGAUACCUGAUUAUGGGUUGGGGCAUUAAUAAGUUUACCAGAAAAAUACUUCGGCCGCACACUAUACCAAACAACGAACUCCUGGACUUGCUUUCCAGGGUUCCCGACAACGAAGAUAAGAUUUAUUACAAAGAAUUAAGAACUAACGAAAGUGUAGAUAGCGGUGAUAAGUCAAACAAGGAGGGGAGAAGAAAACAGAAGCUGUGAUUAUUUUUUAAAAUUUUGCAAGGUAUAACAUUUAAUUAUUCAUAGUAUAUAUUAUUACACCUAAUUGCUAUUUUAUUAUCAUUGUUAUUAUAAUUAUUGUCUAUUGACUAUAUGAGGAUAUGUUUAGAUUUGUUCUAUUCAAACCUUUUAAUUUUUUUUUUUUUUUUAAGAUAACUGUGUGAUAUUAUAUAGAUACGUAAUUUUUACUUAUUUAAACAAGCUUAUAUUUUAAAAACUACAAAUAAGUUUUUCUUACUUCUUUUUAUCUGUUUAUGUAUUGUUAAACGAAUCUAUACAUAAG